UUAAUCUAGAUUUAAGGUUUAAAGUUAAGGAAUUGAGUUUUGGGAAUAGAAUUUCAAAUUUAAAAAAAAAAUAUUAAAAUUUUCAAAACAAAAAAGAGUUAUUUUGGUCAUUUUCUUUUUUUGAAAGGUAUUUUGUGACAAAAACUUAAAAAUGAUUAUUUGAGAGAAUUGAUGUAUAACCAAAGUAUUUUCACAUGAAAGAAAAGAUAUAUGUAUUGCAUUAAUGAUUUGCAAAACCUAUCUCUCUAUCUAUAUAUACACACACCCUAUCAUUCGUCCUACACAUAAUCUCUUUCUUUCUCUCUCUAUGACAAAAAUGGCCAACAUGACAACACUCAACCAGCUGUUUGAUCUGCCGGGGCAGAUUUGCCAUGUCCAGUGUGGUUUUUGCACCACUAUUUUGCUGGUGAGUGUGCCGUUCACUAGCCUGUCAAUGGUGGUGACUGUGAGAUGUGGGCACUGCACAAGCCUUCUCUCUGUCAAUUUGAUGAAGGCUUCUUUCAUUCCUCUCCAUCUCCUCACUUCUCUCUCUCAUCUUGAUGAGACGGAAAAAGAGGAGGUUGCAGCCACAACAGAUGGUGUGGAAAAAGAAGCAUGGAAGGUGACUCAGGAGAAGGAGAACAGUCCAACGACUUUGGUUACUUCUUCAGACAAUGAAGAUGAAGAUGCUACUCGUGUCUACCAAGUUGUCAACAAACCACCUGAGAAACGACAACGAGCUCCUUCCGCUUACAAUUGCUUCAUCAAGGAAGAGAUCAGGAGGUUAAAGGCUCAGAAUCCAAGCAUGGCUCACAAGGAAGCUUUCAGCUUAGCUGCCAAAAAUUGGGCUCAUUUCCCUCCAGUUCAAAACAAGAGAACUGCCUCAGAUCAAUGUUUUUGUGAGGAAGACAACAAUGUGCUACUAUCAUGCAAUGCUCUGGAGGACCAUGAGGUAAGCAAUAAUGGCUUCCGAGAGAGAAAGGCUCAAAGGCAUUCCAUUUGGGGAAAAUCUCCAUUUGAGUAAUAAUAAUUUGGCAUUAUGAAAUGUGAUGGUGACUAUUUUCUUCUAGGGUUUUAUUUUGUUGCUUUAGGGUUUGUGGUAUCUGAGAGAGAAGAGAUGGUAAGAAUCUGAAACGUACGUAGGAUUUGGGUGUUCGAGGAGAGUCUUGGGAAUGAGCGAGUUUAUUCAGUAUCUUCGUACUUCUUAGCUUUGAACUUAAUAUGAAGAGACAGUGACUCUAUAACUGAAUCUUAUUGUUGAAUUCUAAGUACUUAUGUUUUAACAUUCACUUUAGUAAGAAUCUUUGCUAUAAGCUAUCAUCACUAUUCACUAAGAUGCUUCUUGAUUCACUUAAUGCUUUAAUUUGUAUGAUACUACUAACGAUGGGGGAAAAACAAGACGCAUCCUAUUAUAGUAUCGUAAAUAUAAAUUUAUGUUUCCAGAAUUUACAUAUUGAUAUAAACAUCAAAAUCACGAAACAAGAAAAAGAAGACAAAUUUCAAGAGAAAAUAUAUUAGAAUUACUCGACUAGUUGUAAUUAAAAAAAAAAGAUGUAAUCAGUAGCUAAGAUUAAUAAUAUCAUAAAUGAAAAGAAUGGAAGCUAUGAAAAAAAGUUGUUCAAAAAAAAAAAAGAAAAAAAGGAAGCUAUGAAAAAAAAGAAAAAAAAAAGAAAGAGAUUUCAUUCCAUCUCAUUCACAAAUCUUUUUAAUCAUGAAUGUUUUAUAACUACGUUUCAUUUUCUUUCAAAUAUUCCACGAAGAGAUUUAUAACUGGAAUGAGAAUUUUUUAUUUUGCAGUUUGACGAUGCCAUCAUUUUUUUUGUUUUUGUUUUUGAUGUUUGAAGAUGCUUCUUGAAAGGAUAAAAAUACGAAGUCAAGUCUGACUCACCUGGUAUACGACAAAUUUGGUACGUAUCUACGUAUCCUCAUGUUCCUACAGAAGGCCAAUACUUAGACUAUCUUAUAGCCAUACGUCGGAUAUAUACCCAAUAUUUAGAUUAGGCAUGGGCAUUCGGGGUCCCAAUCGGGUUUCGGUUUAGUCCAAUCAGGUUUCGGUUUAAUCCAAUCGGGUUUUGGUUUUUUGGGUUUACCAAAAGCAGUCUCAUUCGGGUUAUAUGAAACUUCGGUUCGGGAUCGGUUCGGGUUCUAUCGGGUUCGGGUCAGGGUUAAUAAAUUUUUAAAGAACCGG